AUGGCCCUCUACAACCAAACCGUGGAUUUCCUCUCGGAUUCUUUAUCCAAACCAAACCAACUACCUCUACUAGCAGUAGCAGGAGCUUCAUUUACACUCGGUCUAUUUAGUAGAUCGCUUCUGCCCCAGUGGGAGUCAGAACAGACUGUGCUCGUAUCGCCCCGAUCGACAGUCUUGCCCGGGAUCUCGGAAUCGGAGAACCGACAACUUCCUCUCCCCACUGAUGUCCUACCCGGUGCCCGAGAUGUCGCUAGCCCGUAUGGAUCUACACGGGUGUACGAAUGGGGCCCCGAGAACGGACCAAAGGUCUUGCUGGUGCACGGCAUCACCACACCGUGUCUUUCGCUUGGUGGGCUGGCCCAUGCACUUGUAGACCGCGGCUGCCGAGUGAUGCUUUUCGACUUAUUCGGAAGAGGAUACUCGGACUGUCCCGCUGAUCUCCCACAAGACAACCGACUAUUCUCAACACAGAUCUUGCUUGCCCUGGCCUCGUCACCCAUCGCUUGGACUGGAGCGGAGUCGGGUAAAUUCUGUCUUGUUGGAUACUCUCUGGGAGGUGGGAUUGCAGCCGGCUUUGCCUCCUACCUCCCUGAGCUAUUGUCGGCACUGGUGCUGCUGGCCCCCGCGGGAUUGAUCCGCGACUCACAGAUCAGUUUCCAGAGUCGUCUUCUUUACUCCAAGGGUCUCAUGCCCGAGAAUGUUCUGGGAUACCUGGUUGGUCGUCGACUGCGAGCAGGCCCUUUGACUACUCCCAAGCCCAAGAACCAUAAGCUCAACGCCGCAGACGCUCUCACCGAGGAGCUUCCUUCCCAGGAUGCCGCUGAGGUCCAGAUAUUAUCUCGAGAAUACCCUCACAUCAACGUUCCCUCAGCUGUCGCAUGGCAGGUCAAUGCUCAUACCGGAUUCGUGCAUGCGUUCAUGUCAAGCAUGCGCUAUGGUCCGAUUCUGAAACAGCGCCAGUGGAAUACAUGGACACGUCUUGGCGAGUAUUUGACUGCCCGUAGUAUCGCUUCGGGCAACAAAAAUACGAAAUCAUCCGAAAACAAGGUGCACAUCUUGUGUGGCAACAAAGAUGCAAUCAUCGUCAAGGAUGAGCUUGUUCCUGAUGCUACAGCUGCUCUGGGAGAUAACGCCGUCUUCAAGUUCUACGAGGCAGGACAUGAGUUCCCCAGUACAAAGUAUGAAGAGGUGGCCUCUUACAUUUUCGAGUUGCUCUAG